AUGGAGGAGACAAAUGGCACUGUCUCUCCAGAGAAAUUGCUCCACUAUUGUGCCACUCAUCAGGUCUUAAUAUGCACUGCCUGUCGCUACGCAGUCCAGCCAGCAGCCAUCCCUCGGCAUUUGAAGGAUAUCCACCACAUCCAAAGCAACCAGCGACGUCCAUUCAUUGCAUACGCAAAUACACUCAAGCUGAAAAAGCCAGAGGAGGUAGAACCACCCCGGCCUGGGCAAUUCCCCUUGCGCUACUUACCACUUGAGCAAGGAUGGCGCUGCGAGGCGCCAGGAUGUGACUAUCUCUGCGCGUCAAUCAAGCGUAUGGAAACCCACUGGGCUGCUAAACAUGGCCGCAAGGGCUACUCAAAUUCUGAUUGGAGCUAUGCGCCUCUGCAAUCUUUUUUCCGCGGGAAUAUGCUGCGAUAUUUCACCUCAUCAACGCGGCCGGUUAAGAACGUAGCCACUGCAUUAUACGAGAAUCAGCAUAUGAAACGAAUCAAAGAGAAAUACAAUCUGGAUUCUAUGGAUUCAGAAAUCUUGGAUCAUUACUUCUCCUCUUUCUACAAGAGUUUCGUGACAAAUGACCAGACAGAGAGAAUCUGGGUCGACGUCGUGCCGGGUCUGGCAUACGAUAUUUCGUUCCUGUUACAAGGUAUCUUGGCCUGUACAGCGCUUCAUAUGGCAUACCUAACCCCUGAAAUGCGCCAAGAAUAUACACUUCGAGCAUACUAUCAUCAAGACACAGCAAUUCCACAAUUUCGCCAUGCAAUCAACUAUCCAGACGAGCAAAAUUGCGACGCAAUCAUGUCAUUUGCAUAUAUUCUGGUCAUUUAUUCACUGGCGACGGAUACCGAGAGUUCAAAAAAUCCGCUACUUAUCGUGGAAGACGAAAUUGUCGAUGGCGAAAUGAACCUCAUUCUACCUCAAUGGCUGCAUUUUAUCCGUGCCGGCUGUUCAAUGCUAUGCGAAGUCUGGGACAUAAUCGAAAAUGGACCAGCUAGUGCACUGGCAUAUACAUGGGAAAGCCAGCUCAAAGAUCAAGAGAUAGAAGCGGGUGAUCUACCGUACUUGCCCUAUUUUAAAUCUCUUGUCCCGAGUGAUGGAUCCUGGUCUGAAGAAAGUAUACGGAUUUACCAUGUCACUGCAACUGCACUAGCCGAGUCAUUUGCUUAUCUUGAAAGUGCAAAGGGAAAUUACCAAGUCAAUCCGUGGAAUAUUCUUGGUGUGUGGCCUGUGCGAGUGGAGAUGGCGUUCUUCUCGCUUAUAUCUGAGAAACACCCGGGAGCACUUAUUAUACUUGCGUAUUACUGCAUUAUAUUGAAAGACAUGGAAAAGCUCUGGUAUUUUGAAGGGAGGCCUGCAAAGUUGCUUGUGUCUAUUGAAGAUGUGCUGGACACAAGAUGGCAUUCUCGCAUCCAAGAACCAAUAAAAAUUGUUACUGGUUCAAAAUAA